AUGGUGCAGCACGCAGAGGCUACCAAAAGAAAGUACCGAGCAUCCAGUGAGGCUCCCCCAGCGAAGCGGAGGAGCGCGGUGGCGUUUCUCCCAGCCAAGAAAGCUGCUGCUGAAGAAGCACAAAGGACUUUUAAGGGGAAGGCACAGAAAACAUUUUCUCCGAAUGAAUCUUUGGUUGGUGUGAGCGGUAAAAACCGAGAGCAGAAACCAUGCAUUAGGACUUCUUCGUUAUUUAAAAACAACCCCGAGAUUCCAGAGCUCCACAGACCUGUAGUAAAGCAGGUGCAAGAACAGGUGUUCACCUCAGACGCUUUUCACAAACUGGACCUCCACCCACAUUUAAUUUCCACGAUAAAUACGGUCUUAAACAUGACUAGCAUGACCAGCGUUCAGAAGCAAAGUAUUCCCGUGUUGCUGGAGGGCAGAGAUGCUCUGGUGAGGUCUCAGACGGGCUCAGGUAAAACGCUUGCCUACUGUAUCCCUGUGGUCCAGUCUCUUCAAGCAAUGAAAUCAAAAAUACAGCGCAGUGAUGGCCCCUAUGCCCUGGUGCUGGUGCCAACGAGAGAGCUGGCUCUGCAAAGCUUCAACACUGUCCAGAAACUGCUUAAGCCGUUCACCUGGAUCGUGCCUGGGGUGCUCAUGGGCGGAGAGAGGAAGAAAUCCGAAAAGGCCAGACUCCGCAAAGGAAUAAAUAUCCUUAUCUCGACUCCUGGGCGACUGGUGGAUCAUAUCAAAUCCACAAAGAACAUUCAUUUUAGUCGGAUACGGUGGCUGAUUUUGGAUGAAGCAGACAGAAUCCUGGAUUUGGGUUUUGAAAAGGACAUCACAGUGAUACUCAAUGCCGUGAAUGCCGAGUGCCAGCAACGACAAAACGUGUUGCUGUCGGCCACACUCACAGAAGGUGUGACGCGGCUGGCUGAUAUCAGCUUGCUCGAUCCGGUCCAGAUUUCUGUCCUGGAUCAGCACCACGGGCAGUCUGACCCGGAGCGAGGCACACUUCCCGAGGUUUCCCCUCUACCACCUGACGAUGAGCUGGACAGCUUUGCGAUUCCAGGAAGUCUUGAUCAGCAUGUGACGCUGGUUCCCAGCAAACUGAAGCUCGUCUCCCUGGCGGCCUUCAUCCUGCAGAAGUGCAAGUUUGAGAAAGACCAGAAGAUGAUCAUCUUUUUCUUGAGCUGUGAGCUGGUCGAGUUCUAUUACCACCUCUUCCUCCGGACCCUGCCAGCCUGCUCAGGGGCCCCCGCGUCACGGCAGCCACCAUCUGCCUCCACGAGAUUCAAAUUCCUGCGGCUGCACGGCAACAUGGAGCAGGAGGAAAGAACAGCGGUGUUUGAAGAAUUCUCACAUUCCAAGACCGGCAUCCUCCUCUGCACGGAUGUUGCAGCUCGGGGUUUGGAUCUCCCUCAAGUCACGUGGAUUGUUCAGUACAACGCUCCGUCUUCGCCUGCUGAAUACAUCCACCGGAUUGGGAGAACCGCCCGGAUUGGCUGCCGUGGGAGCAGCCUGCUCAUCUUGGCUCCUUCGGAGGCAGAAUAUGUCAACUCGUUGGCUUCUCACAAAAUCAACGUGUCUGAGAUUCACGUGGAAGACAUUUUGUCUGUUCUGACAAGGGACGGUUGUUUGAAAGGGAGCCGACGGGGAACCCAGAAAUCCCGUGCCGCUGGCCCCCAGGAAAUCCAACGGCGAGCCACGGUCUUGCAGACGGUAUUUGAAGAUUACGUGCACUCCAGUGAGAGGCGGGUCUCCUGGGCAAAGAAAGCUCUGCAGUCCUUCAUUCGAGCCUAUGCAACCUACCCCCGGGAGCUGAAGCACAUCUUCCACGUCCGAUCGCUGCACCUUGGUCAUGUGGCUAAGAGCUUUGGGCUGAGAGAUGCCCCCCAAAAUCUUGGUGUCUCGGCUGUAAAGAGAAGAAAAGGAAACCUGAACAGGCCUGACCUUCAUAAGAAGACCCGGGGUAAACACCGCCUUGCUGAAAUCUUGCGUUCAGAAUACUCAAGUGGGAUUGAGGCCAGCGUCGCCAAGGUCAAAAAGCAAAACAAACACGCGGCGCCCGGCAGCCAGCCAUGCAGAGCCAUCCGCACCGGGCGCCCAGCCUCUGCUAUGGGAAAACAGAAGCAGCGCUCUCCGUGCAACGGAAAAACCCAGAGAGACUGA